AUGGCGCAAAAAGUGGUUGUCAAGCUCUUUACUAUGAACGAUGAGAAGACAAAGCAGAAAGCCAUCGAAGCCGUUGCAGAUGUUUAUGGAGUUGAUUCCAUAGCAGCGGAUCUGAAGGAGCAAAAGCUGACUGUGAUAGGUGACAUGGACUCCAUGGCUGUAGCAAAGAAGCUGAAGAAAAUUGGAAAAGUGGACAUAGUAUCGGUUGGCCCAGCUAAAGCAGAAAAGAAGGAAAAUAAAAAGGAGGAGAAUAAAGAUGGUGACAAGAAAUAG